AUGGGUUCAUAUGGUGAGCUCAAAAGACAACACCUGGAGGAGACAGGUAUGGACUGUGUUGGUGAUGAGGUGAGGAAAAGACAAAAGAGCUCCACUAACACAGAAGGAUACAACAGAGACACAAUAUCCCUGGGGAGCUUGAGUUUGAGUCAAUAUGAGGAAAUUAAAAAAAGAAGUGAAGCUAUCCUUUCUACUCGGCAAGAACAAGACAAGGAAAAAUAUGCUAGGAAAAAAGUGGAAGCAGAUUUGGAGAUGGUCAAGAUGAAGAUGCAGGAGAUAGAACAAGAAAAAGCAAGACACUUGGCUCUCAAAGAUCAAGAAGUAAAAAGAAUCUUGGAAUUGGAGAAGGAUAGGAAACAACUGAUGGAACUGACGCCCCAGCAGAACACCGCGCUGCACAUCGCCGCCGAGCUCGGCCACGCCGGCUUUGCCGAGGCGGCCCUUGAUGUGGACGACAAGCUGCUCGUCAGCAAGAACGCUGACGGCGACACGCCGCUGCACCUGGCGGCCAGGGCGGGGAAGGUGGACGUGGCGGACCUGCUCAUCGGCCGAGCCAGCGCAUGGCCUGCGGAGCAUCCGCACCACUCCCCCGCCGCACAGAAUGGAAAGGCCGGGGAAUCUUCCCGGAGCUCCCCUGGCACCGCGCAGGGGCCACUGAGCGCCGUCGCGCUCAAGCUGCUGGAUGCCGAGCCCGGCCGCGGCCACGCGCUCAACGUGAAGCAGCAGACGCCGCUGCACAUCGCCGCACGGGAGGGCCUCGCCGACGUCGUGGCCAAGAUCGUCAGCCAGCCCUGGGUCCACGAGAAGUUCGUCCCCUCCGACUCCGUCAGCGGCACCGCCCUGCAUCAGGCCGUCCUCGGCGGCCACGCAUGCGUGGUGGAGAUCUUGCUUGACGCGACGCCGCCGGACCAGAUCGGGCUGACGGACUCGAGCGAGAACAACGCGCUGCACUACGCGGCGCAGAAGAACAACGCCCGCGUGGUGAAGCUGCUGCUCAACCGGAAGGUGGACCUGGCCUACAAGCGCAACCGUGACCUGCAGUCGCCGCUGCACGUGGCUGCCUACUACGGCUCGACGGAGGCCAUGGUGGAGCUGCUCAAGCAGUGCCCCGACGUGGCGGAGAUGGUGGACAGCAACGGCAGGAACGCCUUCCACGUCGCCAUCACCAGCGGCAAGGUGGACGCCCUCAAGCGCCUGCUCAAGCACGUCCGCCCCGAGGAGAUCGUCAAUCGCGUCGACCGCGCCGGCAACACGCCGCUGCACCUCGCCGCCUCCCUGUCGCGCAUCCAGUCGGCGCUGCUCCUGCUCAAGGACCGCCGCGUCAACCCCUGCGUCCUCAACCGGGAAGGCCAGUCCGCGCGCAGCCUCAUCGAGAAGCGCGCCGCCACGGAGGAGAUGGACACCUACGAGAUGUACCUGUGGAAGACGCUCAAGAAGCACGAGGCCUCCAGGUGCAAGAAGGAGCAGCUGCCUCCGAUCGCCACUUACCAGUCGCUGCGCAGCCGGAGGGCUGGCCACGACGAGUACUACGAGCUCAGCGUCGGGACCUACACGCUGGUGGCCACGCUGAUCGCCACCGUUAGCUUUGCCGCCACUUUCACCAUGCCAGGGGGGUACAGCCAGACCGACGGCACGGCCCUCCACGGCCACAAGGCGGCGUUCAAGAUCUUCGUCAUCUCGAACACUGUCGCCAUGUGCAGCUCCAUCGUCGUCGUCUUCUGUUUCAUCUGGGCGUGGCGGGACCCCGUCAAGUUCAAGCUCGAUCAGCUCAUGUGGGGCCACAGGCUCACCAUCCUCGCCUGCCUCGCCAUGGUCGUCUCGCUCAUGACCGCCGUCUACAUCACCGUUGCACCCACGGCGAGGUGGCCUGCGUACGUUGUGAUCGCCAUCGGAGUCAGCACUCCCGCCGUGGUGUUCCUCAUCCUUGGGAAAGAGGCGUUGUACGUCCCAAUGUAAGUGCAGCAUUU